GUAAAAUAGGCUGAGUGACAUGCUAGGUUGCCUCUUCAUGCAUGGCUCCUUUGCCGGCUUGGAAGAAGGUUUUGUAUUUGAAGCAGCCGUACGAUGACAACUACGUAGAUUCUUCUUUUCUUGAUUCACUGAAAGUCAAUGCGCAUCUACAAAAAUACGAGUUUUGGGCCCUGUGGCACGAUGCUCUCUCGAUCAUUUUCCAGCUUUCUUUGGUAGUGAUGUUUCUUAACGUCUGGUGGAGGAUGCAACAAUCGUUGUGGAAUCUACAAGGGCUCUUGGUGCUUGAUGGAAUCCUUUUCGGAGGUUUCAUUCUAGGAUGGAGAAGAGAGCACACAGUGGAGGCUCUUCUGGACGUGUUGCAAGCUGCCAAGAUCAUUUUUCCGCUUUGGGUCCUUGCGCCACUGCUGCAGACUUUGACCAGAAGCUGGAGUGAUGACACAAUCGCUGCCAUUGCUAGCAUCCUUUUGGUGUUGCACGUGGCUUCCUUUCGCUACAAGGAUUCUCCGGUUUUGUCUCAGGGUUCAGCAUCAACAGCUGCCAGUCCUGGGGCUGUGCGCUCUUUGGCUGGUGGCCCAACUGCCUUGAAUGCGGCAAUGCUUGCGGCAACCAUCCUCGCCUCGCGCCUGCUGACUGCUCAAGAGGUCUUUGCCUUUAUGAGUUUUGCUAUGGAGGUCUUCGUGCUGCCAAGGAGAAGAAUUGCUGCGUUGUUUCCUGCGUGGCUCUAUUUCUUGAUGACCUUGCGCUUUUCGCACUGCAUUUUCCUGUCGCUGCCCCAAGGUCUUGACGGUGUUCGUCCUCUUUUUUUCCUCUUUAUGUGCUCUGGUUAUGACUGGUUUCACCGUGGCAGAAACUUGGCAAAGCAGCAUUUCAGCGACUCAUUGGCAAGAUGUCUACAUUUAUAUACAAUUCUUUAGCACCAAGGCCGCUGCCUUUGUCAUAGUGACUGCCAUGAUUGGACUUCUCAGUCCCGCAUUGUUCCUGUGCGUGCAGCGACACAAAGCUCAAAUCCAGGGACCUUGGGACAUUGCCCAUGUAAUGCCUUCGCUUGGACGAUCUCAGCAUCUCAAAUAAUGGAAGCUGUCAUCAUUAGUAAGUGCAGGCGGAAAUCAUGGACAGCAAGCAAAUGAUAUGGCUUGCAGGGAGUUCUUCACGGCUAAAAGAGAUCGCUUUUUCUUUUUUAAUAGUUCUCUUUCUCUUGACUUGAAACAAGCGGCAGCUGCUGUCUCCAUGCGUCGUAGUCUAGCAGCAUGUCAGUACUUUCCAUGUGCUGUGUAUGUGCAGCUAUACAGCCCUUGUUUCUGCAAUACAAUGAAUUACUAAAAUGCUGGUGAUGUAUCUUCUUGUCAUGCUUGCGAGCUUAGCAAUGAGAGUAGGAGUAGUAGUAGUGGUGGUAGUAGUAAUUGGUAGUAAUUGGUAGUAGUAGUAGUAGUAGUAGU